CAUGGCGGCGAUCAGUUGCAGAACAUGCUUUCGAAAUAUUCGUUUUUGUCGAAAUGUGUCCCACCAUGGUAGAAGGCGGGCACAGACGACUCGACAUCUAUGUAGUUCAAGUGGCGACAAAGAUGUUAAGGAUCAUGAUCCACCAGCCUUCAAUGAUGCCACAGUUCAGAAAUUACUGAAGCGUAUCACUGGUAUGAAUUUUGAGAAAAUUUUCCCAAGAGUGAAACAGAAACUGUCCCCUCCAAAGUACAAACUUGUCAGCGAGGACAAACUACAAGAGCUUUUGGAAGAAGCUAAAGAGAAAGCUGAAAAGAAGCUGCAAAUGCCGCCAGUAAUGGAAGAAAGAACCAAAAUAGAUCACGUGUUGUCUAAUGAUCCUGAACUUGAAGGUCUUGAAACAUCAAAAUUAGUAUUUACCGAUAUUACAUUUGGGGUUCCAGAUAGG